CACAUUCAUAUUCGCUGAUUUCCUGGGGGAAUUUGGAGCUUGCGGUACUCGAGCUCCCACGCAGAUCCACAGAAUAAGGAUCGAAUGACGGUCACCAUGGAUAAUUAUCAGAAGAUUGAGAAAAUUGGUGAAGGAACCUACGGUGUGGUCUACAAGGCCCGCGAACUGAACCACCCCAACCGUAUCGUUGCCCUUAAGAAAAUUCGCCUCGAAGCCGAAGAUGAGGGUGUGUCCAGUACCGCCAUUCGCGAGAUUUCGCUCCUGAAGGAAAUGAAGGACCCCAACAUUGUCCAGCUGCUGAACAUUGUCCACGCCGACGGCCACAAGCUUUACCUCGUCUUAGAAUUCCUCGAUCUUGAUCUUAAGAGAUACAUGGAGGCUCUUCCUGUCAGCGACGGUGGUCGGGGCAAGCCCUUGCCUGAUGGAUUCAAAGCCGGCACCAGCCUCGGCCUGGGUGAUGCAAUGGUCAAGAAGUUCAUGGCUCAGCUCGUUGAGGGCAUUCGCUACUGUCACAGCCACCGCAUUCUUCACAGAGAUUUGAAGCCCCAGAACUUGUUGAUUGACCGUGAGGGUAACCUCAAGUUGGCCGAUUUCGGUCUGGCACGCGCAUUCGGUGUUCCCCUCCGCACUUAUACCCACGAGGUUGUCACAUUGUGGUACCGUUCUCCAGAGAUUUUGCUCGGUGGUCGCCAAUACUCGACUGGUGUUGACAUGUGGUCUGUGGGUGCUAUUUUUGCAGAGAUGUGCACUCGCAAGCCUCUCUUCCCCGGUGACUCGGAAAUUGAUGAGAUUUUCAAAAUCUUCCGUAUCCUCGGUACCCCCGGCGAAGACACCUGGCCCGGCGUCACCUCGUUCCCCGACUACAAAGCCACUUUCCCCAAGUGGAAGCGCCCCGAUGUUGAGAUCGUACCUGGACUGGAGGAAGCUGGCUGUCAGCUUCUAGAUGCCCUGCUUGAGUUUGACCCGGCUCACCGACUGUCCGCCAAGCAGGCCUGCCAGCACCCAUACUUCCGUAACGGCAGCUCAUACUACUCUGGCCGUGGCCAGCAGAAUGGUUUCCACUAGGAUGAUAACGAUAUCCCGUCUUCUGUGUAAUGACAGGAACCCCGGGCUUUAUUUCUUUUAUGUGCGGCGUUCAACGGGGAGUGACAUGGAGGGCGGGCUUACUGGAUGUUACGAAAGUGCUUUAGUGAAUACAGGCGUACAUACCCCUUCUAGCCCUGUAAGCAGGCUUGAGUUAAACCGAUGUGACGGUGUCAUCUGAAUAUCAGCCUCUGGGUCUUUCAGCCUCUCUUCCCGUAAUGGCAAUGCAAGGGCCCAAGAGCGCGACCUCGUGUCAGCGCUGCGCCCCGUAGAAUCUUGGAAUGAGAAUACCUUAGUUGCACCGGGACCUGACUAUUUCCU